AUGGGCCGUCUAGUUGGGCUUGAGCUCCACAAUUUCAAGUCGUAUAAAGGCACGGCGAAAAUCGGGUUUGGUGACGCGUCUUUCACGUCCAUUAUAGGCCCCAAUGGCGCUGGGAAAUCCAACAUGAUGGAUGCCAUUUCGUUUGUUUUGGGCGUGCAGUCAUCGCAUCUAAGAUCGCACCAGCUCAAGGACCUUAUUUAUCGUGGCCGCAUCGAUGGCACCGACAAUUUGGCGCCGUCUCUGAAAGCCAAAUCGGCGUAUGUAUGUGCGUUUUACGAGAAGGACUCGGGGGAGAUGCUCACACUCAAGCGGGUGAUAAAUUCAAGCGGAAGCUCGGAUUAUAGGCUCAACGAUAAAAACGUGACUGCCUUGCAGUACUCUAUGGCGCUAAGAGCAGAAAACAUCUUGGUGAAGGCACGUAACUUUUUGGUGUUCCAAGGGGAUAUCGAGAACGUUGCGUCCCAGUCGGCAAAGGAUUUGGCGAAUUUGAUCGAAACCAUCAGUGGCUCUAUUGAGUACGCCGCUGAGUAUGAUCAGUUGAAGGAAGAUCUGGAGCGUGCACGUGAGGUUGCCACCCAGGUCUUCUCUCGCAAGAGGACCUUGAACUCCGAAUCCAAACAGUAUAAAGAGCAAAUGCGUGAGCAAGACUUAUUUGAGUCUAAGUUAAAUGAGAAGUACAGCCUCAUCAAGAUUUUGCACCUCUACCGGAUCUUCCAUAACCAAAAACGUCAUUAUAUGCUUGUGGCGGACCUGAGAAGAAUUUCUGAUAAGCUUGACGAAGUAAAAGCACAGCACUCCGCGAAAAUUGCUGCUCAAAAGUCGACGGUAGCGGAAGUUUCAAAAGCCACUCUUGCAAGCAAAAAACUUGAGGCGGAGAAAAAUGAAAAGGCAAAUGCUGCCGAAACCGUCAGAAGAGCGCUCCUUCCCAUCGCUUCGAGUAAAAGAUCUCUAGAGUCCAGUAUCACCCUGGCGUCUUUGAAGCUCCGGGAUCUACAGACCGACCUUCAGAAUCUCCAGGAUUUGAAGGAAGCCGGGGAGCAACGUUUGUCGACCGCCGAGUCUGAUUUGGCUCAGUUUGAAAAGGAAGUACAGGAAUCCUCAGAUAGUAUCAAUAUACCUCCAGGGGGGGUGGCAGAGUAUGAGGCUUUGCAUCAGAAAUUUUUGGCAAAUUCAGGUUCAUCGAUGUUAGAAAAGCUUACAAUGUUGAGCAGCGACAAGGAAUCUCUAGUAUCUUCCAUGCAGAAUUAUACAGAUCAGAAGAACGAUGCAACCACUCGAAUCUCUGAGCUUGAGAGCGAAAUUCGCAGCAACUUCGUGUCAACCCUUUCUCAAACUAAGUCUAAGCUUGAUGAUCUUAUCGGCGAGAGAGUGAUCAAGAUAAAAGAAAAAGAAGACGUAACAGACAAGUUAAAGGAAAUAUCAUACCGCGAGCUAGACUUGACCACGAAAAUUAACCGUGCUUCAACCCGUCUAGAUGAGUUAUCGUCUCAACAAAACGAGUCAAACAAACAGAAGAAGCUACGUGAUAACGUGUCCAUGCUACGAAACUUAGUAAAAGAAGGAUCAAUCAAGGGUCUCAUGUACGAACUUGUUCGUUGCUCGCAGCAGAAAUAUGAUUUGGCACUCCAAACUUCUCUUGGCCGCAACUUCGAUUCCAUUGUUGUUGAGAGUACCGCCGUGGCAUACAAGUGCAUCGAGAUAUUGAAAGAGCGCCGUGCUGGAACAGCUACUUUCAUUCCAUUGGACUCCGUCGUCACUGAUCAAAUCAAUUUGAACUACCUCCGUUCGCUUGACGAGGGCGCACGUCCAGCGCUCGAUGUGGUGAAAUAUGAUGACCAAUCUCUUGAAAGAGCUGUACAGUUUGCUUUGGGCAACACAAUCAUUGUCGAUGAAUUGGAUAUCGCGCGUGACUUAAAAUGGAACCUGUCACAUCAAGUGGGUAACAAAAUGGUUGCAUUGGAUGGCUCCAUCAUUCAUACUUCUGGUCUCAUGUCUGGAGGACAACAGGCAAAAUCAGGAAAUGCUCUUACUUGGAGUAAACAAGAAUGGCUGAGGUUGAAGAAGGAAAAGGAAGAACUUAGUGAAAAUCUUGCGAAACUCCAGUCCGAGAAACCAAGUGCAUUUUAUUUAAACGACAUUGUGGACGAAAUUCGUCUCAUAGAUGAGGAGAUUCCCAGCUUGAAAAGUAAAAUUGUCAGUCUUGAAAGAGAAAUAUCCGAAAGGAAUCAUGAAAUCUCUUUCCAGAAAGAGAUGAUCACUGAAAUUGAGACAAAAGAAGAAAAUACUCAGAGAUCGUUGACCAAUAUGAACCAUCAACUUUUGGAAGUUCAGAGUGAAAUUACUGGACUCCAAGUCAAGAUUUAUUUCGAAUUUUGUCAGAAGUAUAACCUCGAAAGCAUCAGUCAAUACGAGUUCUUCUUGGGUACUGAAAUACGGGCGCGUGCAAGAAAAAGAGCAGAAUUGCAAAGAGUUGUCUCUGUUUGCAAGAACCGCUUGUCAUUUCAAAUCGAAAGCAUAGAUGAUAUGGAAAUCAGAAUUCAACGCCUAAUUGAUUCUCAAUCACGAAUUCAAUCUGAUCUACAGAGAGUUAAUGACAAUCUUUCUCAUCAAACAGAGAUGAUGGAAGAAUUGGAGAAGGAUUUCGAACAACUUACUCAAGAGAGUGAAGCAUCAAGAGCUCAGCUAAGUAAGCUUAUGAGGGAAAGCAACAGUUUAGUAGAGGAUAUGGAAGAGGAUAAAUUGGAGAUUAAGACACUAAGCGAAGAGUUGGCCAGCUGCAAAGAGUUUCUUUUGAAGGUUGACACAGAAAGGAUCAACAUGCUCAAGAAUUGCAAAAUCGAAAGUGUCGAUCUUCCGCUAGAAGAAGGCUUCUUGGAAUCGAUUUCUCUCGACGAUGAACCGGGGAACGUUUCAGUGAAGGCAUAUCUGAUUCACGUUGAUUACGGAUUGCUUGAAUUAAAGCUCCAGGAAAGCUUUUCGCCCAAAGUUGAGGCUGAGAUAACUGUGAAGCUUGAUAAUAUCCAGACGGAGCUCGAAGUUCUCACUCCGAAUAGCAAAGCAAUUGAGAGAUUGAAAGAGGUAGAUCAGAGAAUCAAAGAGUUUGACAGAGAAUUCACUAAGGCAAGACAAGAUGAAAAACGCUCAACAACGAAAUUCAACGAGAUAAAGGCUCUAAGAACUCAACGUUUCAUGGAAGCGUUUACCCAUAUAUCGGAAAACAUCGAUAGGGUGUACAAAGAGCUCACAAAGUCCAGCACAUCCCCCAUUGGAGGCUCCGCAGACUUAACCUUAGAAGACGAAGAUGAACCAUAUGCUGCAGGAAUCAGAUAUCACGCCAUGCCGCCAAUGAAGAGGUUCCGGGAUAUGGACUUGCUCUCAGGAGGAGAAAAAACCAUGGCGGCUUUGUCACUCUUGUUUGCCAUACAUUCUUUCCAUCCCUCACCUUUUUUUGUCUUAGACGAAAUUGAUGCUGCUCUUGACAAUCUGAACGUCGACAAGAUUGCAAACUACAUUAAAAGGCAUGCUGGUCCGGGCUUUCAGUUCAUUGUCAUCUCGUUGAAAAGCUCUUUGUUUGAGAACUCAGAUGCUUUGAUUGGAAUCUACAGAGAGCAGAGAGAAAACAGUUCACGCACCAUUUCGCUUGACUUGAGAAGGUAUAGUGACGAGCCCCAUGAAAUUGAGUUACAACCAGAAGGGCCAGCGUUAGCCUCUUCAUGA